AUGAAAGUUAGUCAAGGAACAAUAUCAAACACUCUUAAGAGAUCAUCUGAUUUCCUAUCAACUAACUUUGAUAAAGAUGGAUCUUACAAGCAUCACAAAGCAGCCAAGUAUCCGGACAUGGAGAAAGUUGUUUAUGAAUGGUUUCUCCAACAUCAAGAGCGUGUGAAUAUAACAGGAGAGCUAACCAUAGAGAAGGCGGUUGAGGCGUUGAAGCUUUUGUAUCCACAGGAUUCUUCUGAGCAUAAACUUUCACAGGGCUGGCUUGAUGAUGAUUCAGUACCUUUGAAACUGGUCACUCGGAAAGAAGCAUUGCAAGCGACAACAACUCUUCACAAGUUUUUGUUGCAAUACGAGAAUGCAGUGCCUCAACUCUUAAGUGCAAUGAGGAGAUUUAAAGAUAAACUCAAUAUAGAUUUGAAGUUCACAAAAAAAAAAAAAAAAAAAAAAAACAAGUGA